CCAAAACAAGGAAACGUCGAAAAUUGUCUCUUCAAAGUAUUGAAAAAGACUCGAUUUUCGUUCUCCCAGAAAACAUUCUGUUAGAAAUAUUUAGUUAUCUGACCAAGAAGGAGCUAUGCAUCGCAUGCCGGGUUUGCUGUACUUGGAGGCGCAUUGCCAAUGACAACAAGCUGUGGCGACAUGUUGACAUGAUGGACUACCCAUUGCCUCUUGCCAAGAUGUGGAGGGUGAUUCGAGCCCAUUUCUCUGACGUUCUUCAGACCCUUAGACUCAGUGGUUUUUUAGCAAUAGGAUGUGCAACAAAGUGGAAGCGUGCUACAAUAUCAAAUGCAAUGCUGGAUGAACUGAGGGAACGUUGCCCAAACAUCACAGAACUCUGUCUCAGUCACACAAACCUGAAUACAAGUAAAGGUGUUGAGUCCAAACGAUUCCCACCCAAAUUGAAAGUGUUGAAAAUCCAACACAGCCAGGUUCCGUGCUGCAUGACAUGGCUGAGCGGAGGAAAAGAGGGAUCUUUACUCCCAGAACUACAGGAAUUGGACUUCAGUAAUUCCUCUGCUGUAAAUGUUCACACGCUCACAGCAUUUGGCCCAAGGGACAACCUGAAAGUGUUGAGGUUAAAUGGCUGCUAUCGAUUGACUGGUUCCCUAUAUGAGAACUUGUUUGACAAUUUCCCGAAUCUUGUCAUACUGGAGAUAGCGGAAACAUCAGUGUCUGAUACUAUGUUGCAUCAAAUGUGCCGGAAAUUGACAAAUCUCCGACAUCUGCAUAUGGCCCAGUCUCGCCAGGUGACUGAUGCGGGUAUUCAUUGCAUGUCGGAGGGAUUAAAAAAUUUAAGAUGGCUGAAUCUGGCCCAUUGUCAUAAGGUGACAUUUGAGGGAUUCCGGGGCCUGGCCAAGUUGAAUCUUGCGUACCUGAGUGUUGCAGGGAAUCAGCUGACUGAGAAUGAGUUGAAGAUCCUCGAGGGUGCUUUCAAGAAUUGUGAAGUCGUUCAUACUGAUCCACAUGAUAAUAGUAGUGAUGGUGGUAGUGAGGAAGGCUAAAGCCACCCUUUAAAAAAAUUGUUUAAUGUAAUGUAGACAACCUUUAGGAGAACUAGAUUAAAAAUUGGAUUCUGAUUUUUUUUCUCCAUAUUGUUAUCAUAAAUAGAAUACUUUUUUGGGUGG